AUGCCCACUGGUCAUGAUCCUACGCGUUUAAAAUUAGGUGCUAGUGCUACAUGGUCCAAAUUAAAAUAUCAAUCUCAUCAAUAUACUUCUAAAAUCACUCAAAAUUCAAUUAAUCAAUCAUUAACUGAUAAUGACUCCAAAUUUAUUGAAUUUGGUAUUAAUGGAGAAAUUUUCAUUGUUUAUAAAAAUUCAAACAUAAUUGAAGUUUGGGAUUGGAAACAUAAUGUUAUUGAAUUAAAUGAAUUAGACCAGAAGAAUAUUGAAACGAUUGAUUCAAAUGAUGUUUUAUAUUUAGUUGCUUCAAAUAUGGAUUCCAAAGGUAUUAUAAUAAAUAUAACACCAAUAAAAUGUGAUCAAUUAACAAAUACUUAUACUGUUUUAAUAACUUCAAUCAUUUCAAAUGAAACUAAUUUUACUAUAAAGACAUUUGGACAAAUUUUCCAAGAAGAUUUUAAGGAAAUUCAACUGAUUUUACCUCCAUUAGUUUAUGGGAUGAAUCCAUAUACUAUUAAAAAUUCUGAAAAUUUUAUUGGAAUUGCAACAAAUCAAGGAAGUUUAACUAUAUUUGAUUUAAAAAGGAAUCAUCCAUUACCUUUGGAACUGAAUUGUUCAAUUAUAAAUGAUCAAUGUAUGUUUUCUAUUGCAGGUAGGAUCUUGGCAUAUGUACCAAAUUUAAAUCAAACAAGUAACUCAAUUGAUUUAGGUGCUAAAGAAUUGGAAAUUCCAAUAAAUUUCACAAAUGGAAUUGAUGAAAUGGAUUAUUAUUCCAAGUUAUUAAAUAAUUUAUCAAUAAAAACUAUUGAUGGAUUAAUUUCAUUAUCAGAUUUUAAAAACCUACAAAAAAAUUUCCAAUCAACUAUAUCAAAAGGUGGGAUAACUCAAAAUUUUAAACUUAUAUUAUCAAACUUAUUAUCCCAGGGGACUGGUGGUUCUCAAUAUAUAAUUUUUUAUGACCUAUUAGAAGAAAAACAAAUUGGAUAUUUCAAACCACCAAAUGGUAUAUCCCAACUCUCCUUAUCAUCAUAUAAUUCUCAAUUAAUAACAAUCUCCUCCCGUGGUGAUGAAAUUUCAAAUUGGGAUAUUUCUCAAGCCCCUAGGGAAAUUCAUUUAAUUGAUUUAAAAAUUCGUGGGAAAACAAGUUCAAUUGUAACUAAUAUAAAUUGGUCAAAUUUUAAUAAUUUCCAAAUCAUAACUAAAAAAACUGGUUCUUUACAUAAUUUAUCAACUUCAAUUGAUCCACAAACCAAAGAACAUGAAGAUUGGAUCUUAUCCAAUCUUGGGUUGGAAAAGGUUAUUAAUUUAAAUAAUUCAAAUCAAUGGUUAUUAGGUCUCAAACCCCAGGACUCAAUAAUUUAUUUGAUAGAUUCUCAUAACCAAGGUUCAAUAAAUUUUGAAUUUAAAUUACCCUCACAGGGAAUCUCAAAAGCAUUAUUACCAAAUCAUAUUAAAUUAUCCAUAAUAAAUGAAAAAAUCAUCCGUGUUGAAGAACAAGACUCUCAGGAGUUAGAUCCCCUUUCACAAAUUGAAAUUGAAUCAAGUCUUACCCUGGAACCAUUCAAUAAUUCAAAAAGGAUAAACAUGGGUCAUUAUCAAAUAAAACCAACCCCAAAGGAAUUCCUUGAUUCCAAAACCCAGUAUAUCUUAGGAAGUGAAGAUAUUGAUGAAUUGGAUGUUUCAAAAGGUGUUGUGGAAAAUUUUAAAAAAAUUUUUAAAAUUAUGGGGAAUCCUAUUGGGUACGAAAGGGUUUUUGAUGAUAAGAAUGGGGAAGUUGUUUUUGAUAAAAGUUUUGAUGGAGAGGAGGAUGAUACUAUUGAUUGUGGAAGUGAUGGGAAUGGAGGUGGGAAUGGGAAUGGGGUUGAUGGGUUGAAUGAAGCAUUGAAUGAUGUUUUGGUUUUAGAUGGGAAGGAAUGA